AUGUAUCGCAAUGAUGGAAUGGUGGAAGUAACAGCUUGUUUUGGACAUUUGGGUCACGAGGUGAAUAGCGCUCUUCUGCCAUUGUCCAAAGGUGAUGUUGAAGUUGUCAAAGCUAUGCUCAUGGCUGGUAUCUGUCCCGAAAAGAUAGUCUCGGAUCUGCGCAGCAAAUAUUUCUUGCCAAAUGAAGCUCCCCAGAGACAGCCACGGCUAUAUCACCUUACUGUAAGCGAUGUAAUCAACGUUGCCGACUGGCUUGACAUAGAGGUUGAAAGCGAUAGCGAUCAUCCUGCUUCACCAAGUACUCUCAAACAAGAAAGUGCUGGUCAGGAUAGGGUCGAAGAAAUAUUUCAUGAAGACGACGACCUUAGGCUCUCACCUACUCCUUCUGAAAAAAUUUGCUUGAAAGAAAUGCUCGACGAAGCACUUCGUGAAACUGCGCGGUUCCAAGCACAAAUAAGUGAACGGGCUUAUCUUUACUCCAGGAGUGAACGGCUUGAUCUGUUGGAGGACCUCAAUGGCAAACUUCUGAGCUUGUUGGAAGAGUUUACUAACUAA